UAUAAUUCUUUUCCAGUCACUUCUAAUAAAGUUCGUGAAUUAAAUACAAAAAAAAAAGAAGAAAAAAUAUCCCUUCAUCCCAUUCUUGUGCAGUUCGACAUUAUGCCUAAAGCGACGAAAACAAGUAGAUCAAAGAAAGCAGCAGAGAGAACACCACUACGUAACAGAAAGUUUGCAGUGUCAGAGAAGGAAGUUUUAGAGAGAAUCGUUACCGAUGGAGAUCAAAUAACUACUGUUCCAGCUCAUUCUACUGAUACUUCCAGAAAGGAAGAGAAGAAGAAGGCUAGACAUGAAGCAUGGCUGGAAAAACUUGAUCAUUCUUAUGCCGUUAGGAAGAAAAUGCAGAAAAAAGAAAACCAAAAGAAAACAGGUUUGAAAGUCGAUCUGAGUGGGUUUGGCGAACUUUUGGAUGAGAUACAAGUGAGGCCAAAGUCAGAAGUCGAAAGUAAAGCCACACACGAAGCGAAACUUCACCAAAGCACAAAAAUACCUGCAAUACCCAGUAAUCAAAUUAAAUCAAAAAAGAAAAAGAAACAAGCAGAACUUCAAGAGAUUCUUCGUAUGCAAAAAGUGAUGCAACACGGAGCUUUCAAGCAGAACCCGUUGGCAACCAUUCGCCAGCAUGUACAAAACACUUUCACCCAAAAUCCCUCGUCUUCUUAAUUAGGCUGUUGUAUAUACUAUAUUCCAUUUUUAGAUUUUUUAAGUAACAAUGAAAAAUAAAACGAUCGUUAUUUAAGCUGAAAGCCGAG